CCCCAAACGUCCCGGCCCUACACGGGGCGGAGGAGAAGCAGCCGUGCUCCCAGUGCUCCUGGGCUGCUGGAAUGGGGAACAUUGCGUGCGUCCCGCAGGCGCCUGGGGGGUUCCGGCACUCCUUCAGGAGGAAACCUUCGCUGAAGAAAGAGCAAAAUGGCAAGAAAAAGCUGCCCAGCUUCUUCGGCAUAGACGGCGAUGGGGAGAGGGAUACAACGACAGACAAAAUCCUGCAGUACAUCCCUGGGAAGAGCAUUCAGAACCAAGAAAACCAGAAGGAAAACCUGGACCAGAGGUUCCCCAGCCUGUUCAAGAAGGGACGGAGGAAAACGGUCGUCAGGAACCUGGGGAAAAUCAUCUAUUAUUCCAAGGUCAAAUUCAAGUUUCAGCACUGCCAGGAGGUCAAUGAUUGCUACCUGGAGCUCUUCCAGUCUCACCUCUACUUCCAGUCCGUGGGCUCCAAUGGGCUCACCUACCAGGGCCUGCUGCCUUUGAAAGAGCUGAAUGUCUGUGAGGUGGAGAGCAGGAGGAGCGCGGGGCAGGAGGAGCAGCACGCCUUCCGCAUCACAGGUCCAUUGCUGAACCCUCUGAUUGUGUUCUGCCCCACGGAGCCGGAGCUGAAGCAGUGGCUCUAUCACCUGGAGAAGCAGAUCCACCUGAACGGAGGGAACCUGGGCUUGCCCUUCAUUGCUCAGGAUGACUGGAAGCAGAGCUCGGUGGGGAAGGAAGAGCUGCGGUGGUCGGUGCAGAACAUGCCUGUCCAGGAGUGGAGGGGGACCCAGCGGGAAUCCCUCGGUGAUGUCCUCUGCGUUUCCAAAGUGAAGCUCCAGCACCUGCCUUUCCAGGAGCAGCACGAGCGCCUGCUGGUGCUGUACCCCUCCACGCUGGUGAUUGUGUCUGAAGAACACAACGGCCUCUACUUUAAGGGCGAGCUGCCACUCAAUGCCAUCCAGGUGUUGUUUGAAGAGAACGAGAAAACCUCAUUUUUAAUAGAAGGCCGGCUGAUCAACUCCAUCCGCGUCAUCUGCCGCAGCUAUGAGGAUUACCAGGAGUGGCUCUACUGCCUCAAAACUGCCCAGUUUCGAAAUGCUGACUCCUCCUUGUCCGGAUCAGAGAGUUUCUCAGGAUCAAAGCUGCCACACCUCAGCCAGUUUGCUGGCAGUGGGAGAGGCUCACUGGCCUCCGAUGGCCGCACCAACUCUUGGGCAUCUGGAGGGAAAGGGACCAACACCCUGACACACCUGUCCCAGCACAGCGGCUCGCUGCACGACGCUCAGUCCUUCAUGCUGCUGGAGGAGCCGCACAGCCCUGGUUAUUCCCAACCUCUCCAUUGCCUGCCCCACACCAACUGGCCAAGCACCGUGCUGCCUGUGCAGGAGCUGCGGAGGGGCAGCAGCACCAAGAAGCCCAAAGGCAGAUGUGGUCCAGGCACUCAGGAUGUGGAACAGGCACCGUGCAGCCUCAUCUCCCAGCACCCCAUCCUGCCUGCGCUGUACACUGAGCCCUACUGCACCUAUAGCACACCGCAUCGCCCCACAGACCCCCCAGCACAGCUGGAAAUGAGCAACGUCCUGCAGUGUCAGAAGAUUGCCCAGCCCCUGCCCGGCAGGCACUGGAUGGAGGUGCUCGGGGCACAGAGACACCCUCAGCUUCCUGCAGAUGCUCCAUACCUUGCCAAUGUGAGUUUGUCAGUGCAGCCCAGGGGCAGGGAGCAGCCCUGCAGUGCUGUUCUGUAA